AUGGCGGCCGCCGCGCUCUCGGACCGAGCUCGGGGCGGUGUGACCUUUGAGGAUGUGGCCAUUUACUUCUCCCAGGAGGAGUGGGGGCUCCUCGAUGAAGCUCAGAAGAUGCUGUACAGCGAUGUGAUGCUGGAGAACUUCGCCAUCAUAGCCUCGUUGGGCCACUGGAAUGAAGUGGAGGAGGAGACAGCUUCUGGGCAGCGUGUCUCUAUGGGAGUGUCCCACGCAAGGACUCCACAGACAGGUCUGUCCGCUCAGAAGACUCGCCCCUGGGAUAUGUGUGCCCCGGUCUUUAAAGACAUUGUGUCUGAGAUUGGGAAGGCGUACCCAGUCCCAUCGGUCUUUCGCCAGCACCGACCCGCUGCUCACAGCGAGAAGGCAGGUGGUCACACUGUGCACGGCGCGCCCUUUUUCGGCAGAAAAAGUCAUUACAAGAGUGGUGAGCCUGGGAAAGCUUCAAGCCAGGGCCACACCCUUGCUCACCACCAGAGUGUCUGCGCUGGAGAGGGGCUCUGUGAGGAUAGUCAAUGCAGGAAAGCCCCCAGCUACCAUUACAGACGGGCUCAGCAGCAGCAGCAGCAAAUGCACAAUAAGAAAAGGAUCUAUAUGUGUGGUGAAUGUGGGAAAACCUUCACCCACCACUCCUCUGUGAGCAGACACCAGAAAAUUCACACAGGAGAAAGGCCCUACAUCUGUGGUGAAUGUGGGAAAUCCUUUACCCACCACUCCUCCCUUAGUAGACACCAGAGAAUCCACACGGGUGGGAAGACGUAUGCGUGCAGUGAGUGCGGCAAAGCCUUUCUUCGAAGCUGCAGCCUCGUUCAGCACCAGAGACUCCACACAGGAGCAAAGCCCUAUGAGUGUUUGGAGUGCGGGAAAACCUUUAGUGAAAACUCCACACUCAUUCAACACCGUAGAGUGCACACUGGAGAAAGGCCUUAUGAGUGCAGUGAGUGUGGCAAAUUCUUUAGCCGUAGUUCCACUCUCAGUCAGCACCGGAGAUCGCACACUGGCGACCGGCCUUAUAAGUGCAAUGAGUGUGAAAAAUCCUUCCGCCAAAGAUCUGGACUCAUUCAACACCAGCGGAGUCACAUUGGAGUGAAACCUUACGUGUGCGACGAAUGUGGCAAACCCUUCAGUCAAAGUUCUGGCCUCAUCCAACACCGGCGAGUCCAUACUGGAGAAAAGCCUUAUGCGUGCAGCAAGUGUGGAAAAUGCUUUAGGCAAAGUUCUGCUCUCCGGCAACAUCAGACAGUUCACACCGGAGAAAGGCCUUAUGAGUGUGGGGAGUGUGGGAAAUGCUUUAGCCACAACUCCGGUCUUAAUAAGCACUGGAGAAGCCACGCUGGAGUAAGCCUGUACAUCUGUGGCCAGUGUGGGAAAUCCUUCAGCCACAUCACCAUCCUUGCACAACAUGAGAGAAUGCACAGGAGCCACACCAGAGUGAAUUUGGUGACCAAUUCUUUGGCUUCACCCUCAUUUAAUUCUGGAGAAUAUGCCCUGGGAAAGGGCCUCACGACGGUGGGGAAUUCUUUAGCCAAAAAUCCACUCUCGGCCAACACCAGAGAGUUCAUGGGAGGAGCAAGACCAUACGAGUGUGGCGAGUAUGGGAAAUCCUUCAGCCAAAGUUCCAGCCUCAUCCAAUACUGAAGUGUUCACAGACAGGGAGUGGCCUCCUGAGAACGCGCACACGAAAGCUUUUAGCUCAAGGUCUAACGGCAUGCCACGCGAGAAAGCCCGCAAACGGGGAAGGCCUUGCUAACUCUCUGUUCAGCAGAAUGGCCCUGGAGAGACCUGAAAGCAGAGCCUGAGUUUGAACCUCAUACUUUGGAACAUCCAGAGGACGAAAGUACCUGAGUUCCAGGCCAAUGUAAAGGUUUUGUAAGCUGCAUUGCACAUUAUUCACUUCCAGGACCUCUCCCAGAAUCCAGUCCUGCCCGUUCUCAUGGCAGAGCUUAUUCUCCCAGCUGGCAGGUUCCCACCAUGUUAAUCAGUCA